UCUCUCUUUCUCUCUCGCUCCCUUCCUCCCUGUACCGAACAGUGAAAAUUCACAUUGUGGAUCCGCUAACAGGCACAGAUGUCAUGUGAAAACGCACAUGCUCUGCCAUCCAAGCCGCCUUUCUUCCUUUCCAUUCUGUUUCCUUUUUUUCUCCUUGCUCCUUCUCCCUCUUCUUUGUAACUAACAAAACCACCACCAACUCCUCCUCCUGCUGCUGCCCUUCCUCCUCCUCCUCAGUGCAAGUGAUCACAAAAGAAAUCUUCUCAACCGGAGGCGGUGGCAUUUUUAAAAAGCAAGUACAUUUGGAGAGAAAGAAAAAAAGAAACACAAAAGAAAAACAAAACCCAGGCACCAGCCAGCACAUUUUUUUUCCACCCUUCCUGAAAACAAACAAACAAACAAACAACCAUCAAAACUGUCACCAGCACCAUCAUCAAAACUGUUCACAUAGCAGCGGCGGCCGCGGCUUGCAGCAAACGUCACCCUCCGGCCACGGCGCCCGCCUAAAGGGAUGGUUUUUUCCGCGAGGCAGCUCUUCGCCUUCCACCUUCUUCCCUCGUGCUGAGCGGGAUUUUUGGGCUCUCCGGGGUUCGGGCUGGGAGCAGCUUCAUGACUACGCGGCGCGGGAGAGCGGCCACACCAUGCGAGCACAAAUUGAAGUGAUACCAUGCAAAAUUUGUGGCGAUAAGUCUUCCGGGAUCCACUACGGAGUCAUCACGUGUGAAGGCUGCAAGGGGUUCUUUAGAAGGAGCCAGCAGAACAAUGCCUCUUACUCCUGCCCGAGGCAGAGAAACUGUUUAAUUGACAGAACCAACAGAAACCGUUGCCAACACUGCCGACUGCAGAAGUGUCUUGCCCUAGGAAUGUCGAGAGAUGCUGUGAAGUUUGGGAGGAUGUCCAAGAAACAAAGGGACAGCCUUUACGCCGAGGUGCAGAAGCACCAGCAACGGCUGCAGGAGCAGCGGCAGCAGCAGAAUGGAGAGGCAGAAGCCCUUGCCAGGGUGUACAGCAGCAGCAUCAGUAACGGCCUCAGCAACCUGAACAAUGAGGCCAGCGGCACUUAUGCCAAUGGACAUGUCAUUGACCUGCCCAAGUCUGAGGGUUAUUACAAUGUGGAUUCCAGCCAGCCGUCCCCUGAUCAGUCAGGACUUGACAUGACUGGAAUCAAACAGAUAAAGCAAGAACCUAUCUAUGACCUCACAUCUGUCCCCAACUUGUUUACCUAUAGUUCUUUCAACAACGGGCAGUUAGCACCAGGGAUAACAAUGACCGAAAUCGAUCGAAUUGCACAGAACAUCAUUAAAUCCCAUUUGGAGACAUGUCAAUACACCAUGGAGGAGCUACACCAGCUGGCAUGGCAGACCCACACCUAUGAAGAAAUUAAAGCAUAUCAAAGCAAGUCCAGGGAAGCUCUGUGGCAGCAAUGCGCCAUCCAGAUCACUCACGCCAUCCAAUAUGUGGUGGAGUUUGCAAAGCGGAUAACAGGCUUCAUGGAGCUCUGUCAAAAUGAUCAAAUUCUACUUCUGAAGUCAGGUUGCUUGGAAGUGGUUUUAGUGAGAAUGUGCCGUGCCUUCAACCCAUUAAACAACACUGUUCUGUUUGAAGGAAAAUAUGGAGGAAUGCAAAUGUUCAAAGCCUUAGGUUCUGAUGACCUGGUGAAUGAAGCAUUUGACUUUGCAAAGAAUUUGUGUUCCUUGCAACUGACUGAAGAGGAGAUUGCUUUGUUCUCCUCUGCUGUUCUGAUAUCUCCAGAUCGAGCCUGGCUGAUAGAACCAAGAAAGGUCCAAAAGCUUCAGGAAAAAAUUUAUUUUGCACUUCAACACGUGAUUCAGAAGAAUCACCUUGAUGAUGAGACCUUGGCAAAGUUAAUAGCCAAGAUACCAACCAUCACGGCAGUUUGCAACUUGCACGGGGAGAAGCUGCAGGUAUUUAAGCAAUCACAUCCAGACAUAGUGAAUACACUCUUUCCUCCAUUAUACAAGGAGCUCUUUAAUCCUGACUGUUCCACCGUCUGCAAGUGAAGGCGACAAGAGAACUGUCUCUUAAUCAUGGAUGCAUCACCAUUGUGACAAAAGCAAUGUGUUCAUGAAGACUUAAGAAAAAUGUCACUACUGCAACAUUAGGAAUGUCCUGCACUUAAUAGAAUUAUUUUUCACCGCUACAGUUUAAAGAAUGUAAAUAUGCACCUGAGUGGGGCUCUUUUAAUUGUUUGUUUGUUUUUGAAAUGACCAUAAAUAUACCAAUAUAGGACACUGGGUGUUAUCUUUUUUUUAUUUUAUUUGGGUAUGUUUUGGGAGACAAUUGUUUAUAGAAUUUUAUUGUAGAUAUAUACAAGAACAGAGCGGUACUUUACAUGAUUACUUUUCCUGUUGAUUGUUCAAAUAUAAUUUAAGAAAAUUCCACUUAAUAGGCUUACCUAUUUCUAUGUUUUUAGAUAGUUGAUGCAUGUGUAAAUGUAUAGCUGUCUUGGAAAGCACUGGCCAUGUAUGUAAUAAGUAUAUAAUAUCUGAGAAUAUUAUAUAUGACUAUUACUUAUACAUGCACGUGCUCUGUGGCUUAAAAUACCAUACCUACUAGCAAUGGAGGUUCAGUCAUGCUCUUAUAUUAUUUACCUUCUGUGUUAUAUGUUACAGUUGUGUUAGACAAUCAGGAUUUUGUUUUCCCAGCCAGAGUUUUCAUCUAUAGUCAAUGGCAGGAUGGUACCAAUUCAGAAGUAAUUCUACAAAAGAAUAAAUAUAAUGCAUGGCCUCUGUAUAAAAACUCUAUUUCUAUCAAUGACAUUAAAGCCUUGUCAAGAUGGUACGUAUUGGGGUAAAAAUAAGUAUUGGGAGCCAUUUUCCUGUUUGAAGAGUCAGACCACAGAUAAUAUUGUGGAUUCCAGGACUUUUUUGACCCAACAACAGACUUUUCCUAUUUUUCACCAGGAUACAUAAGAUACUUUUUUCUUCAGAUUUUAAUUUGUGGAAAAAACUUAAUUUUGGUGCUUAUUCUGUCAUCAACAGAGAAAUACAGUCUGUAAACUGUGACCACCAGCAUAUUUUUCUAAUAGAAUUAGAGUCAAAGAGCAAAUCUGAACCCAGGGUCCAAAUGCCAUUUCAUAUAAACAUUUUCUCUCGAUUCUUUUUUUUUUUUUUUGGCAAAGUAGAGGUAGAAGGAAAAUACAGAAAAUAAAAAAACAUUUCUUUAUAUUCCUUCUCUUUAAUAAGUUUGUUAGAAAAAGAAGCAAUAAAGGAGGAUGCAGGACUUUAUUUGUCCUUCUAGUCUGGGCCUCUAUGCUUUUCAACUCCAAAAUGUUGUCUUAUAAAAAUAUAGCAAAAACUUGGCAGACUAGGAAAAAAGAUGUUAUUCUAUAAAACUAAUAUACCCCAAAGCCAAAACUAUUUCCUAUGCAGUUUAUAAUUGUAUCAUCCAUCUAGCCUGGAAUUAUAUUUUAGCAACUUUUCAAAGUACAGAAUGUAAGAGGAAAGAUCAGGAUUAAAACAUUCAGACUUCCUAGCACUAGUUCUCCCUCUCCACCUGUUCUGCAAUCGAGUGCAUCAUCAGAAGAGCAUUCAUUCCAAGGAGUUUGUUCUGUCUGUCCUCUGGAGGCCUUGUGUCUUUAGUCUGAUCUGAUCCAAAGUGAGGUUUUUUUUUUUUUUAAGGACAAUAAAAAUGAUGACCUCUUCUAAGUGUGGCCCUGCCACCAGCUCAUGAAGACCUGUCCUUUUCUCCUUUUCACACAACACCCAAGCCUGUGCACACACACGUACACCUGUUUUGUAAAGUUUCCAUCAGUGGAAACUUAGACUUUUUUAAUCUCUACUGGUCUCGUGACCGCGCAUCAUUGAGAGCUGUCAACACGAUGCCACAAAACUUCUCACUAAUAUCAAACAAUAGUGAUAGUCUUUUCUUGUAGAAAACAGUCUUUUCCCACCUCAUGAUUGAUGAGUUCCAAAUCAAUGGGGAAAAACAAAAAGGCUUUAAAAUAAUGAAUCUCUUUCUCAACUACUGUUAUAUUCAAUUAAUUUAACAACAUUGAACCAAAUUACCUUCAGUGUCUAAGAAGACAGCUGUAGACUGCUUAUUAUGCUGCUACAGGGACUCAAUUCUUUUUGGUGUAAAUGUCACUCCUGCUAGCUCUUUGUAUAAAGAAUUAAUUCCAAGAGUCAUAUUUCCUUCUAAUGGAAAGAUUACUUUACUGAUUGCUAGGAAAACAGGGUAAUGGAAGGCACUCAAUUAAACCAAGCCGUUUCCAAAUGCAAUGUAUGUUUUAUGAUUGGCUUGUGAUAGGCGAUGCUUAAUGUGUCUACUUGGUGUUUCCCUUUGAGCUUUGAACUUAUGUCAAACUUUGUUUCCAUUGUUCUGUUGGCUUAGUGUUUUCCAUUGUCAGCCUGUAAUUCCUGCUCAGUUGCAAAGGGAAUCAUUUGUUUCCUCCAAUUUACCUUAGAGGAUUUAAAUUGGCUCAAUUGAUGAAGUGGCUUAGAAUUUUUUCCUCCCUUGUCCCAUGGGCAAUGUAGGAAAAAGAUUGUUCCCCACAUUUGCCUCAGCAGGUACUGAAUUUGAAUUUGUGUCGUUUCCACUAGUGCAAGCAUUUCAUUGGAAUAGCAUGAAUCUUUUGAAGCUAAGGGACAGGAAACAGCUAGCAACUGAACCACAGCAAAAUAGAAACCUGUACCUCCUUCUCAGGAGAGAAAAGAUUUCCACUUUUGGCCACAGAUGCCACAUCUGUCCCUUAGAAAGAACAUAAUCUUAUUUUCAAAGGCAACAAAACAUCUUUAAAAGCCAUGCUUUGAGCAGCUUGAGGUAUUCUGAAACUUUGGUAAGGACAGCUUUCAUAAUCACCUGCAAUCUUUGUCCCUUCCCCAUGAAAUCUAGCAAAUGUUCCCCAUGAAAUCUAGCAAAUGUUCACAACGCACCUAUGGUAAGUGUGCACUGGCAGAAAGAACCCAUGACCUGUACUUUUCACUUCAUGCUUUGUAAAUGACAAUCACUGCUUGAUGCAGAUGUUGCACUGUAUCCACUCAGGGAUGUUUCAUUUAAAAAAAAAAAAAAAAAAGGUACAUCAAGAAGCAAGAGGAGAAAACAGGAAAAUGACAACAAAAUGUAAAUGGCAUAAAUUAGAUAUGCCAACGAGGCAACCUCUCUGACAAGGCUUUCAGACCAGCAAGCAGUACCUUCAUGCUGUAAACUGAAUUUAUUUUUACUAUUUGGACUUGCUAAACUGCACAGGAUUAAGGACAACUUAGUCUCAUUUUCUAAAAUCUGCUAAGAAUCAAAUGAUCCAGCCACUUCAUUUAUAGGAGUAUGUAUCGCCCAGCAAACCCAACCUUCCUUACAAGCUCUGAGGAAGGAAAAUACAGAAAUCUAAGUGGCAUUAGAUGAAGCUUGCAAGAGAGAUUAAGCUGUAUGAAUUCAAAUUCCAGUGUAUCCAGUGUAUCUAUAAAAGGAAAGACAAAAUUAGGUGGAAAUAUGGGAGAAGAAGGGGUUGCAAAUCUGGUUUAACAGCCUACUGCUCAUAAUCAGGGUGGUCUUUGUAUCCUUUUCUCUGUUUUUUUCCUUUAAUCCCCCAAAACUGAAAGUGGAUGGUGGAGAUGUACUCUACAAACAUCUCCUUUCGGGAUUUCCCUUGUUUUAACACUGUCUUCAGGGCUCUGAACUAAAGAACCACUGAGAGGGCAAAAAGAGACUGUUUCUUGGGGAAUUCGGUUUCUUGAGCUUAAUAUCAAUCAUAGUGAAUUCUGGAUAUUAACAAGAAGUUCCAGAGAGUCCUCAGUUUAUUUCCUGUUGCAGCUGCUUGUUCAAACACACAACUUCAUAGCAGUCAAGCUAAAUUGUUUGUAAAAACUAGGGACAUGGAUAGUCAACUCACUAAUACCCAUGCUCUAUAAUCCCAUGUGAACCAGGCUUGAAAGUAAAAAUUCUUGUGUCCCAAGGACAAGCUAAAACUUCACCAGCUUUUUAAAAAAAACAGUCAGAUCCAAAUGUCAAUUUUGUUCCAUGUUCUUUGUUUUUAUUAUUUUACUUUAUUGGAAAACAGAAGAAAUUAUUUUUCUCACUUUUUUUUCCCUAUAAACUUUGGUUUCCCAUGAAGUUACUACAAUUGGCAGAAAAUUCAGUCAAGGAUGUCUGUGCUCUGACAGAACCACCAUCCAAUAGAACAGCAAUAAUUUUAGAGUGUACUUUUGUAGUGAAACUUUGCACAAAGUCUCUUGUAUAAAGAUGGAAAAGCCCCACCAUCUGCUUUAGACGAAGUGAUAGUUGAUGUUCUGUUUCCAAUUCUUUGUACAAGAAGCAGCCUGAUGUGGGAAACCAUAUGGGUUUUUAACAAGAGUUGACAACCACCGGGGUGCUGUGGAGGGGGGUAGCCAAGGGGAAGGUAGUCUCAGGACCAGUGGUACAUGUUUAUUUGUAGCAAGGGUUACCCAUCUAAAAGCCUAAAAGGACUGGAGUCAGUGCGUAUGAGUGAAGCUGUCCAGCGGUGAGCUGGCCAAAAAAGUUCCAUCUGAAAAGGGAUGUCGACCAGUUAGCUAAAGUAGAAAUGUUGCUAAAGCUUCUGAAUUGUAUAAAAUCUCUCCAGUUAUAAAUUAUGUGAAUUGAUUGAGAGUUUAGUGCAGACUAAAAAAAUUACAUCUCUGGGUAGAUGGGGGCCUGCAGUUUGCAAUUCUGGUGUAAAGGAAAAUCUGAAGGCCUGUUCAGAGGAAGCAAAUCUGGCCACCUAGAAAUGAAUGAUUUUAGGGUGGAGGGUCAGGGUGGAGGUGGAGCUUUUGUCCUGUUUCCAUUAUUUGUCUAUAUCAUAGGCUAUCAUGAGAUGUCAGUUAAAAAAAAAAAGCAAAAGUCUAAAUAUGAAAACAAUUCGAUUUAGUGAUGACUUAACAAAAGACAUUUCAAUUGUCUUCCCAGAUCUCCGUGCUUCAUAAGCCAGGUGGCUAGAUUUCUCGACACUUUUUUUUCUGAAAAUCAAAUGCUCGAUCUUUAUACUUUUGAGUUUCAACAGGUUUCUUUCAAUGUCUGGCUUCCAUAGCUGAGCCAAGUUUUGUUUCCCAUUAGUUGUGUCUAAAGAAUUUAUACUGCAGUCACGAUGAUGUAGUCCUCCAUUGCUCUGAAGUGCAGGACCAUAGAUUCCUAUGCAGCAGAUGGGGCUUGUCAGUUUGUGCACUUUUUUCCUAAGCUGCUGAAGUUCCUCCGAAGUGAAUUCCUCUGAAGUGGCCAUAGUAAUCUUGGUCUCCUGUACGACCUCCAGUGGAUCAGAAAAAACAGCUCAGUAGUUGUUCUCAUGGCCAAAAAUAAAGCACAAGGUUACUGAAAUUGAAUAAACCCAGUUGGAAAAAAGCGCAGGGGGCUGCACCCCAGCUGGGUGGCACAACCUUUAUAUUAGACUGUACUCUUAGGGCAGAGUCUGAGGGAGAGAAUUCACUCCCUUUGGCAGCACCUUACACAGAGACACACAUUAGGUGCCUGUGCAAACCUACAGAUCCCACAUCCCAGCACAGUACCGUCUGCUUCAUCUGAUUAACACACACAAGAAUGAAAAACCACACCCACAGAAAACUGAGUAUGUAUUGUAGAAAUGUAGAGGAAAAAUAAAAAUAUUUUUUCAAAUGUAAUUACUUUUAAUAUAUGCUUGUGGAAGGUCUAAUACAAUGUAUGCUGUCUCUGUAAUUUUUGCUGUAAAUAACUGGAGACAGUGAAUACACUGAUUUUUCUAUGUCUCUGUUUAAGGAUAAGACUUUGUAACAAUUUUUUAGAGGGGGAUAAAUCAACAAAGAGCAAAUAUGUACUUGCUUCCUAUCUGCGUGUUAUGUACUUCUCAGAAACUGGUUGUAACAGUUUAAGCAUCUUGACGGGUCAUUGGUGUUAAGUGUAUGCUUCCUUUUGUAAUACAGCUGAGAAGGGACAGGACUGUCAAUUCAAUCUGCUCCAAAGAAUUUGUAUGGAAUAUUGGUCUAAGACCUGCAAACUCUAUCUAAACUAGACAAUAUGAGAAAGGAAAGUUAAAAAAAAAAAUGUUGCCUGAGUAAGUCAUCUUUCUUGUAGUAAAUGUCCAAAUCCUUUCUGCAUGGAAUAGCUUAAGGAAAACAAACUCUGCUUUCUGAUGAACAAGAUAUUUUUGUACACAUUUAUUUCUUAUUAAUAACCUGAGGUCAGACCACUCAUUUGCUGAAGCCAUAACUGACCUUCACCAAAUAAAUGUUGUAAAGAACCUGCGGGAUGGUUGUGGGGAGACCAAGAGGGAGGAAAAUUGAAGGUGUCUUGAGAUGUUAACAACACAGGCAGGAAGGAGCAAGUCCGAUGAACCUGAUGAUUUUCCUGCAUCCCAAAUAUGACUUUAAAAGGCUAGUAUUUUAUGAUGAUCAAUUUGUAAUAAAAAAAGAUAUUUAGAUUUAAAUGAGACUUUCCAAUAUUUUUGAAAUCCCUGACAAAUGCUUCCUUGCUUUUAGGAUUGAGAGAAACGAUUUUCAUAUUCUUCCAGCAUUCAGAGAUUUAAUGUUUUUACCUUUGCUCCAGCCUACUGUGUAAAGUAAAGAAGAGCAACACUAAGUCCCCCAGCAGUUGAAACCACAGGUGUCUGGGGCUUGCCUGUACCAGGAUUGCUCCUUGGGGAGCAGGGUGUGAGGGUGCAGCUGGCGUCUCUUGUAAGCAUGCACACCACUGUUAGCGAUGCACAAAGGUUGCAUUGGCAAAUGUAUGUAAGAUAAAAGUAUUCACUCUAAAAAAGCAUAAUAAUUAUACUUUUGUAAAAAAAUAAUGCCUCAUAUAGUCACCAUUGAUUUUUCUGGAGCUUAAUUGCAUUAUUACCAUGUAUCACUAUUGGCCUAUAGAGGCAAAAGCAAACUACAAAUAAACCCAGUGACAUAUAUAGUUUUAAAAUUUACAACUUUCUGAUCUCUCUCUCCUUGUUUAAUAUAUAAGCCCUAAUUUCUGUGUAUGUGAGUAAAACUGCCGCCUGAGUCAUUUAGGAAGUAAGCAUUGAGUUUUUUAUUAUAAAUAUACUAGAAUAAAACAGCAUUCCCUAACAAUUAAAAAAAAAGAGUUUUAUAUUACUUUAGAAUGUAAUAGGUUUUGUCCUUAUUUUACGUCCUGUAAAUUAUUAGUUGAAUACUGUUAGCAUUCCCUGAUAAUGCACACAUGAUUUCUGAAUGUUUUCUGUAAAUGACAAUCAAUGUUUAUGAAGUCCCCUCCUUUAAUGCUGAACAAAAUUAAAA